AUGGAUGAAUUCCUCACCCUCCUCAGUGAAAUCAUCAAGCAGGGAAAGGCUCUGCCUCCCCUGUACUGCAGAAAGGUGGAGUUUAUUGGGGAUGUGCCCAAGUUUUCCGUUCUUGAGGACAUCCUAGAAAUGGUGCGGCUGGACUCUGUCUGGGAUGUGGAAGUGCGUGGCCCCUGGGACCUGCAUGACCUCAACUGGUUUGCCCCUUACUUGGCCCGGAUGGUUCACCUGCACACAAUCUCUUUCUCUGGAAUCGUCUUGGAUUGCUUGGAGUUAUGCAUGCAGGAAGAGGUGGAGAAGCUACUUGCUGAAUUCAGCACUCACUUCCUCUGUCUACAUGAGGUUGAGUACCUCAUCUUGGAAGAUGUCUUCCUCCAUGGCCACCUCCACCGGCUGCUCGAAUGCAUGCAGACCCCCCUGAAGUAUCUCACCAUUAAGGACUGCAUGCUGGUGGACUCUGACUUGACAUGCCUGUCUUGCUGCCCCUGUACCAGCCACCUGCAGUCCCUGGAUUUGAGUGGUGUCUUUGGUAAAGACAUACAUUUUGGUUUGCUUGCAGACCUGCUAGGGAGCUUGUCAACCACCUUGACCAACUUGGACUUAGAUUCUUGUGGCAUCAAGGAUUCUGAGCUCAUGGCCUUGCAGCCUGCUCUGGGCCACUGCACCCAGCUCAAGUCCUUGGCGUUGUGCGGGAACCUGGUCUCCAGCGACGUCCUGCUGGCCCUGAUGUAUCACACCAUGCCACGGUGCCAGUUUGCCUUUCUGGAGCUACCUGUCCCUCCCUGUUGCUAUGUGGGACCCGAAAAUAUUCUGGAUGAAGGCAGUCUUGAACAGGUCAUGCAGGACCUGACCCUGACCCUGCCGACGAGCAGGCCCCACUCAAUACGUUUCCUUUCCUCUCACAGUCGGAAUGGGUCUGAUGCAAUCGUCAUUGAGAUCAAGCCUUGAUGUCACAAGGCAUCAUGGAGGCCAAGACACAAGGAGAUCUGCUGGGAUGUGCAGGCGCCCCCGAUGUUAUGAAGAGACAACCUCCCCCACCUCCGUCCAAGAGAGAAACCCACUGCCAACCACCCUGCGCUACAUUUCUGCUUCCGACCACUUGCACUAGCCGACAAUAAAGAACUCUUUGUAAAGCUA